AUGUUCCGCAAACUUUGCACUGCCACCAACGCUCGUUGCAUUUUAAUGCGAUCGUAUAGCGUUAGCGAGCUGUCCAAGGAACACCAGGAAGUGCAGCAACUAUGUCGCCAGUUCAGCGAACGUGAAUUAAUACCGGCGGCAAGUACGAUCGAUCGUAACGGUGUCUUCCCCGAAGAGCAUAUUGCGAAGUUGGCACAGUUAGGUCUGAUGCGAGUUACCGUAUCUCCCCAUUACGGUGGAUCUGGUUUGGAUAUGCUCGCAUUAUCGCUCGUGGUGGAAGAACUUUCAAGGGGAUGCGGUAGCACCGGUUCUAUAGUUUCCAUUCAUAACUGCCUGUACGCUAACCUGUUGGAUCGGCUGGGCACAGAUGAGCAGCGAGAGGGAUUUUUCAACAAAUAUGAAAAGCAUACCAUCGGUGCUUUCGCACUCAGCGAAGCCGGUGCGGGUUCGGACGUGGCCGCAAUGACGACUAGAGCUGCAAAGAAUGCUGAUGGGAGUUGGAUAUUAAACGGCACGAAGGGCUGGGUAACAUCGGGCAUAGAAGCGGUGGCUGGCAUCAUAUUCGCCACAGUAGAUCCUUCGCUAAAGUACAAAGGCAUUACUGCAUUUUUGGUGGACUUUGACGAAGGCAAUUCAGCUGGACUUCAUCGCGGUCGUCCGGAAGAUAAGUUGGGCAUUCGUGGUACUUCAACAUGCGAUCUAAUACUGGAAAACGUACGCGUUCCAGCCGCUAACGUGCUUGGUACUGUUGGGGGUGGAAUGCGUAUUGCAAUGGAGCAACUUGAUCGGGCAAGGAUUGGCAUAGCAUCGCAAGCUCUUGGCAUUAGCCAAGCAGCGCUCGAAACGGCUGUAGAAUACGCAAAACAGCGUACAGCGUUUGGUGGUACGCUAAUCGAUCUUCCUGCCGUCCGUACAAGAAUUGCCGAAAUAGCAACGCGAAUUGAAACGGCACGCCUGCUUGUUCGUAAAGCUGCCGGUGAAAUCGACCGUGGACUGCGAGCAACAAAGGCUUGUUCGAUGGCAAAAUGGGUAGCCGGUGAAACGGCAACAUAUGCGGCUCACGGAUGUCAACAAAUUUUAGGCGGUAUGGGAUACGUUAAAGAUCUACCAGCCGAACGAUACUAUCGGGAUUCUCGCAUUACCGAAAUAUAUGGCGGUGUAACCGACGUACAAAAAUCGAUUGUGGCGGAUCAAAUAAUCAAGGAACUGGCAUGA